GAUAGUGAACGGGGGAUAAACAGCAGCUCCGGAGAUCCCACGAAGUUCGAGUGCCCUGGAGGCAGAAUCUGCUUUGCAUUACCGACGCGUUUAGACCCCAACAAUACAAUUUACAGAGGAUUGUUGUGUACGUGCACUUACCUUCCUCCUGGACCGUUCCAUCCGGAGUUAAACCAAGAGGGACUCCAUGAAAGAUGACAGAGGAGGUGAUUGUUAUAGCCAAGUGGGACUACACUGCCCAGCAGGACCAGGAACUUGACAUCCGGAAAAACGAGCGCCUGUGGCUUCUGGACGACUCCAAGACGUGGUGGCGUGUACGGAACGCCGCCAACCGCACCGGCUACGUCCCGUCCAACUACGUGGAGCGCAAGAACAGCCUGAAGAAAGGCUCGCUGGUCAAGAACCUGAAAGAUACUCUGAGCUUUAAGACUCGACGGAAGACCAGCGCCUCGCCGACACCCAGCACGGACGGCGAGUACCCGUCCAACGGCGGCGGCGGUGGGGGCAUGGGCACGCUGACCUCUGGCGCGGAGCGCAUCUAUGACCUGAGCAUCCCCGCUGUGGUCAAGUUCUCGUAUGCGGCGGAGCGCGACGACGAGCUGACGCUGGUGAAGGGCGCGCGCGUGGUCGUCAUGGAGAAGUGCAGCGACGGCUGGUGGCGUGGCAGCCACGCCGGACGCGUCGGCUGGUUCCCCUCCAACUACGUCCAGGAGGAGAUGACCGCGGGCGGCCUCGACGGUGGCGGAGACGUGGGCCUGGGAUACGGCUCCCAGCAGGCGCCAUCCGUCUCGUCCUCGGGGGUCAUCGUGUCCAACGGCUGGGCCACGGCCGGCGGGCGACCAGGGGGCGGCGGCGGCGGACGGUCUGCCGGUGUCCUCCACGUGGUCCAGACGCUCUACCCGUUCAGCUCCAUGACGGAGGAGGAGUUGAACUUCGAGAAGGGGGAGACCAUGGACGUGUUGGAGAAGCCCGAGAACGACCCCGAGUGGUGGCGCUGCCGCAACGCCCGCGGCCUCGUGGGCCUCGUGCCCAAGAACUAUGUGGCCAUCCUGAAUGACGGAUCCGACGCGGUGUCAGCGGCCGGGGCGUCGGUGGUGCCGGGCAGGGGCUACCGCGACCCCCGGCGACCAGGCAAGUUUGCGGGGAAGGACUGGUACUACGGCGCGGUGACGCGGCACCAGGCCGAGUGCGUGCUCAACGAGAGGGGCGAGGAGGGAGACUUCCUGGUGCGCGACAGCGAGUCCUCGCCGAGUGACUUCUCCGUGUCGCUGAAGGCAGAAGGGAAGAACAAGCACUUCAAGGUGCAGCUGCUGGACGGCGCCUACGGCAUCGGCCAGCGCCGCUUCCCCAGCAUGGACGAGCUGCUGGAGCACUACAAGAGAGCGCCCAUCUUCACCAGCGAGCACGGAGACAAGCUCUACCUGGUCAAGGCCCUGGCCUGAGCGAUCCCCCCCCCUGACCACACACACACACACACACACACAGCCUGCCCCAGAUGCUCUACCCACCCACAGUCACCUCUUCCUCUCCUUUUCUUCUUCUUUAGCUUCCUGUUGAGCUCGUCAGACUUGAGGGCCCAGACUAUGGGGACCCCAUGGGGGUGGGGAUGGGGCCAGAGUCCCAGGCCUGCAGGAGUGCACAGGCAACCAACCCCCUUCCACAUUGAGCCCACUGACCCCUGUGGACCGUUUCAGAAACUGUUUGAGGCGGGCUUCUGCCCCUGUCUCCCUCUUUUAUUUAAACUGUCAAUGAUGCCUGUCUGUCUUGUUGUCAAAUAGUUUUUGUUUGUUUGUUUGUUUGUUUUCUAAACUUUUUAGCAUUACUCAUGAACAUGUGACCCUAUCUUUUCACGAAGUGACCGUUGUCAGCACUCUCUGCCUUGGCUGGGGCCACCUCGUCUUCUCUCCUGUUGUGCUUGGUCUGAGGUGUGCGUUAACCUCUGUGAUGUUUUUUUUUUUUUUUUUUUUUUUGUAUUCUGGACUUCUGAACACCUGCUGAAUUGCCCUCUGUCUGUGCCAUUGACUGAGAGAGAGAGAGAGAGAGAGAGAGAAAGAAAGUGCUGAAAAUGAUGUUGGAUUGGCUGGCUCAAUGCUGAAGUUGGAAUCGCUUGAUGUAGAAAACACAAGGAACUUUCUGUUAAUUGAAUCCUUGGUUGAAAAUUGGGUUAUCAAAAAUCUGGAUAAGUUAUUGUCAAUGCAAUAAGCAUACAAAUUAGUUAAGUCACAGGAAGCCAAGCCAACUGAUGGUCUCUGACAGUGACAAAUAAAUGUUGGGAAAACAUUAUUUCAGGAUACCUUGAAUUACUUGGGAGAAAUAGCGAUAAGGGGGGCUUCUGUAGCUCAGCAAAGUAUGAAUGUCUGUCAACCUACAACCAUAUGUGCCAGCCACCUCUAGUACUGCUAAAAUCUAAAAUCAUUAUCUUACACACACACACACACACACACACACACACACACAGAAUCACACUCUCUCUCACACACACACACACAUACACAUUUUCACUCAUGCGCAAUCUUCCAGGGUAACACUCAUGUAACACUGAUUAUGAUGUGUGUUAAUUCAGAAGUAAUAAGAAAACCGUAAUGAUUUUUUUUUCUCAGUUUGAUUGAACUUGGCUACAAACCAACUGUUUACCAGUAAGAGUGUUGAUUGAUGAGUUUAUCUGCUUUUUAUAUGGAAUAUAAUGUCUGAAUGUUAUUGAACAAUGUUAUUUAAUUCCUCUUUCCACUGUAUGUACAUAAAUAUACAUAUUCUAUAUAUAAAUAUAUAUGAAGAGAGAGAGAGAGAUCAUGUGCGUUUUAUGAAUCACUUAGAUCAACAUAAUGGUACUGUGCUGCAGACAGUGUGGUGAGAAUUGAAAUACUUUUGUUCAAUAAAAGUUUUGCAGAAUAACAA